AUGCGACCCUCCAAGUCAGCCGGGUUUUCCCUGAUCCAGGUCAGCCCCGACGGCGUCUGUGACCGUGAUUCCUCAAAUCUACCUUUCGACCAAGGUCAGCGCACGACGCGGACCGCCACACCCAGCAAAACGAAACGUGCUGUAUGUCAUUCUCGACAGAAGACUGAAGAGGCUUUCCGGCAAUUGGUUGUGCUGGAUGACUUCUGCGCAGAGCCUCAAGACGCCAACUAG